AUGAGCGAACAGGCCAAAACAGAGCUGUCAUGUGGGGAGUACAGCAGGGAUGCCCCCUGGUACCCCCUGAGAAAAUGGUGGCAGUCCAGCCGGCUUUUCAAUCAGGAUGUUGGCCUGCCGCCUUUCAUGGAGCCAGGGGACCCUCGGUGGAUGGAUAUGGAUCGGCUCCAGAGGAGUCUGGCAGGGUACAUACCCACUCCCCUGUUUGUGCCCUACAUCUCUGGGUCGAUGCCUCAUGCCAGCCAGGAGAUUAGUAAGGAAGAGUACAAGUGGAGGGUCAGUCUGGAUGUGGCUCACUUCUCCCCCUCAGAGAUUUUGCUCAGCGUUAAAGAUGGAUUCCUGGAGGUUGGAGGGAAACACGAGGAGAGGCCAGAUGAGCAUGGAUUUAUUGCCAGAUGUUUUACACGGAAAUACAGGCUCCCAGCCGAGAUUGAUGCUACCAAAAUUGUAUCCACACUUUCUGUGGAUGGUAUCCUGACUGUAGAAGCUCCAGUUCCUGAAAUCUCUGUUCCUGCUGCUAUCAUCAUACCUAUAAAGGUUAAACAUAAAUGUGAGUCUUGA